GUUUUCAAUAUUGUGUAUUGUGUACUAUCAUGCAUAAAGGCAUGCUUAUCUCAUUUCAAAAGCUCGAGGGGGUAUAGAUUCUUUGUAUGGUGUAAGUUUCGCAAUUCAUCGUCUACCAAUCGAUAUUCGGUGACAUUCACAUUAAAUUCAUGUUUAUCUACGCUUCAAUAAAACAUUGUUGCUGUUAUUGCCAUCGUUGGUAUGAAGAUUUAUGAUAUAUCAUAAAAUCAUAAAUAAAAAAGGGAAACGAUUCAAGUCCGUCAGUUUUCAUGACCUCAUCAUAUUUGCCGAGACAUCAGAUGCUGCAGAUAAUAUGCAAAUAGCUGCAUGAUUGUAUACUCAAACGCGAUGAUUUUAUCGGCGAGUGGUCUUUGGAUCUGCCCUGCACUUAUCAUCUCGUCUAGCUCGCAUCGUUUGAUUGUUCAGUGAUACCACGUGGAAUAUGUAUUAAGAGGGGUUGUUUUCCUGUAUUUUACUUCCUUGUUUCAAGGGGAAAGAGUAUAGACCCUGCACGAGGAAUCUCUACCAGGCACAUAUUGUUAUUUUGAUGACGUCGUGCUGGUGGAAUCAGCGUCGAUGCGGAACGCGCCAAAACGAACCAGAGUCCUCAUCGUCUGCAAGCACAUGGUGAGCUCAGGCUGCGCAUUCUACGCGUCUACUACACAUGUGAGGAUCUGAGCUUACUACUGAUUUGAAAGAUCGGGUACAAACUCGACAACUACAACUUCUCUCAUCACCAAAAUCAAGUCAUCAAGCCAUCUCUACUCGAGCCUGAUCUGGUCAGCCGAGAACUUUUCAUGAACGAUUGCAUCCAAGCCUAUAAACUGUGAGGCGUAUGAUAAUAGUCCGACGGUAUUAUAGUUUGUGGAUAAUUUGUAAGACCGUCAAAUGAUGCAUCCUUUAUCUAGCGACCAAGUGUUUCUGUUGAAGUCACCCAUCAAGAUGCAGGCACCUCGGAUGGAUUCACAGCUAGCUGCACCUAGUCUAUCAAUGAUGGAUGAGAUCUGGUUCGGUGAGUUUGCCAAGGUGUUCGCUCCUUACCUGCCUAACAUUUGGAAUCUCACACCCACAGAGAUCUGCCCUAGCACAAGAUGGCGUCGAUUCAAAGAUAGUGCCAAGGUCAGAUUCUGCUGCCAGACCUGUGGCCAUGGUUGGACAUCGAUGAAAGGACGAGUGGUCUUCUGGUAUUUCUUCCACGUGCCUUACUGUGAGGGGCAUGUCCAGUUUAAACUCUAUGGUCAACAAUGCCAGCGAUGCAACAACGGAAUGUUCGAGCCGGCCAUGUGGUACCCAGAAGAAGUUAAUAAGGUCCUCUGCAACCUCUACAACAGAAUCGGACAGACUUAUUAUGGUUUUGUGAAGCCCCCCAUCCGAUAUGACCGUAGAGCAGGCAAACCAAGAACCCAGCACAACGCCACACUUUGCCAGGCCUGUAGGGACGGGGAGUGUGACAGUCGACCGAGGGCUCAAGGUCAGCCAACCAAGGUCGUGCAGUAUACCACCACAGGUACUACUACCACUACCACGCAACAACAACUCAACCAGCAACUCCCUCCUCCUCCAGCCACAGUCGUCAACACCAUAGCUGCCCCACCCAUCAGUGUCCGCAAGGUCUUGACGCGGACGUGACGUCACAAUAACACAAGGGCUCGUCUGUGGCGAGGAUGUAUCAACAAGCGAAUGGAUUAGGGUGUUGUGUGUUUUGCGCGGGAUUUGAUGUGAAGAAGGGUGUGGUCCUGGGUGUGGUGGUCUGUUAAAUCGGCUGAUGAUGGUUCCGAAAAUCGCCGAUUAAAAACGACGGGUGUGGCAACAAUUCUCAUCUGUUUUGUAAAAAUAUUAGAGAUCGAGAGAGUUUGUAGUUUAUUUUUUGUGUGAAGCAUGAUUCAAUGCAACAUCUCAUAUUCAUGUGCCACCAUUUUUUUCGGAUCGACCUUUAAGGGUCUGUUAUUUAUAAGGCGAAUAAAUUUUCAAGCACUGGUUUGAAUAUAUGUAAAUUUGGUAGUAAUUGAUAGUCUAUGAUAAUAUUUUGUAAAUAGUUUUGUAGAAAUUUUUACUGUAUUACCUCUAGCUUGUAAAUGCGCAUUCUUCAAUGCCAAAUCUAAAUUAUGAUAAAAGCAACAUUUCUGUGUAAAUAAAGGGGCAAAUAUCUGUCGUUAUAACGAACUUUUCAACGAUACAACGAAGUGCCUUUUAUGGUUUACAGAAUGUUAGGUGAAAACCACACGAGGAGCUGUACAUUUUAAAGGAACUUUGACAAACUCCAGAAUAACAUUAUUCAUUUUAAUGAGAGGUGACCUUACAGAUGAAUUAAUAUUACAUUAAUAUUUCAUAAUCCAUCUCAUCCACCAGGAUAAACAAUGCUUCUCAUAAAAACCACCGUGGUGUUUGUAAUUUCGUGUUGAUUAUUAAACACAUCUUUGGUAAGCUACAGAAGACCCAGAAGCCAAACCUCUACAGGUUGUGUACUCUCACAUCUUGCUUUAUAGAGAAGGUUGAGUUCUGGGAAGAGGUGAACAAAUAAUUUGUGAGCGUUACUAUUGUUUUUAUGCAAGUGUGUAUGAACAUCAGAUUAAAAAAAGUUCCCUGAAAGGCAUGGCUAUUCAAAUGCCUUACUAUUCUAAAUAUGGCAUGUAACAGCAUAAAAAUCGGGAAGAAUUUUUUUGCCACUUGUUCGUGUAGUCUCAUAUACAUAUUUCUGUGUACAGUGCUUGUAACUUUACCAAGACUGGAUCAGAUUUCUUAUCAUUUUGAUGAUUCCAGAACCUUACACACCAUUAUUAUUAUAUGCUACAUGAUCAACCUUUUCUGAUCGAUUCCACACCGUUUCUUUCAUAAUGCAAUCGCAUGACCAGAACUCAACUUUAUCUUUAACAUUUCUAACGAUACACAUUCUGCUGACUGACUAAAAAAAAAAAGAGUUAACUAUGAGUCUAUAAGACACAUACACAACUAGAGCAUUCAAAAAUAAAAUGGGGAUAUUAGAACCAUUCACAUUUUCUUAAACUCUAUGUCACUUUUGGUUGUAUAUUUAAUAGCACGAUUCUGCAAAUGUUUAUAAACUUGUCACUUCAAAACCUUUUUUCAAAGCGCAUUAAUCGAACUGUCAUAAAGUUAUACUGAUGAUAUAAGCUUGAUGUAUAUUGUAGUUGUAAUAAAAUAAUUUGUAGGAAUAUAUAUAUUUGUAUAGAUAUGUGCACCUUGAUUAUAACAAUUACAUCAGAUUGGAUGUUACAAUCAUUGGACAACGUGUUAAAGGGCAAAGGUUACUGGAAUAACGAUUUCAUUGAUUAGAACCCCAACCAACCCCUGGUGAUUUAAAUCUAAAACAAAAUACACAAAUCGCUAUCUUUAUUUCUUUUCUCUUUUACUUUUUUACAACCUACUGAGCAAUUUUUGUAAAUGACUGGUAAAAAAUGACACAUUUCAGUUGUGGGCCGGCAGUAACUUAUAAGUUCCAUGAAAUGGGACUGUCUUGUAUAAUUAUGUUCCAUAUACUUCGUAUCCCCUUGGUAGAACGGUGCCUUAUACAUGUAUACUUAUUUGGACGCUUGGGGCUACCUUUCAUAUACUUCUGACGUUGCUUAAUGGAAAUAAUCUGGAUAUGUAAGCAGGCCCAUAAUUACGUGCAAUAAGCCAUUCAAACUAGACCCAAUAUACAUCGUUUCUAACUUAUACUGGAAAGUAAAUGUGUUAUCAUACUUUAA